AUCAACCUUUUCAACUUUAUCAAACAAGACUUAGAACUCUACGCCAUUAUGGUGAAUCAACAAACCUAUAACGAAAUUUUGAGAACUUACUGGAUCUAUUUUGGUAAGUCGAACUUAUAUGGGAUUGAAAUGAUUUUCACUGAAAUGCGUAAUAACGGAUUUGAAGGUGAUCUCAUGACCGUUAACAUCGUAAAACAAAUCCUUAUCGACUAUUAUAAUUUAAAACUAGGCAAAAAUGACAAUCUACAUCUGGAGUUAAAUUCAGAUAUAAAAGUUCCAAUUUGGACCAUUGAAGAUGAUGCAAGGGCCAAUAAUCUCCAACGCCAAAUACAGCAUUUGGCCAGCUCUCUCGUUAGGGAAGACCAAUUGGAUGGCCCCGCUGAUAACGACUUCAAAAGAAACCUCUUCUAACCAUUUAUAUAACUUAUUGAACCCCUGUAUAUAUUUUCAUACAAACGUUAUCGUUAC